CUGCGUCUAUUGUGUGCAUUUAAUCGCAAUUCUUUUUUUAUCCCUUUGCCACUGCAUUUUACAUCAGGGGAACAGUAGACGUUGAUUUCAGGGUUAAAAAACCUAUAUCGGAACGCUAAUAUCAUUUAAAAGAAAACGAAUCCCUGAGUUUUGUUCGCUUGAAGAUUUUAUGUUACAGGCCUACAUGGAUUUUAAAGACCUGCACCCAGAAAUAGGAGUGCGAUGGCGAUCGAGGAUGUGUCUUUUUCUUCUAUCCUUUCUUCAUCUGACAAAGGGUCAGGUACGGUACUCGAUCCCAGAGGAGCUAAAAAUUGGUUCUCUGGUUGGCAACAUUGCUCAGGACCUUGGUUUUGAUCUGAAGAGGCUCCGUUCUGGUCGGGCCCGCAUCGUGACGGGAGAAAACAUCCAGUACAUCGAGCUGAGGGCAGAUAAAGGGACUUUAAUUGUGAAUAAAAGAAUCGACCGAGAGCAGCUCUGUGGAGAUACCACACCAUGCAGCUUUACCUUUGAGAUUUUAUUUGAAAAUCCAAUGGAGCUUCACCCAGUUACUAUAGAGGUCCUGGACGUGAACGACAACGCUCCCAUCUUCCAAAAUAAUCACUUGAAAUUUGAAAUCAGCGAAUCUGUAGUUGUCGGCUCCCGUUUUAGAUUAGAGAGCGCGGAUGAUGACGAUGUCGGCCAGAAUGGUUUGCAGAACUAUAUUUUAACUCCAAACGACAAUUUUGUCUUAAAACAAAAUGUUAAUCCAGAUGGAAGUAAAUAUGCUGAAAUUGUGCUCCAGAAAGCCUUAGAUAGAGAGGUACAGCCACACCUUUCUCUAACGCUGCUUGCUGUGGAUGGCGGAACCCCGCAGAAAUCUGGUACGGUAUUAAUAGAUGUUAAUAUUCUCGAUUUUAAUGACAAUGCUCCGGUGUUUAAUCAAACAGUAUAUAAGGCUACAGUGGUCGAAAAUGCACCAAAGGGUACUUACGUUAUCACUGUUAAUGCGAGUGACAUUGACAGUGGUUUAAAUGCAAAAAUAACUUAUUCUAUUUCAAAAUCAAAAUCGGGAAAAGCUACUCUCUUUGAUAUAGAUGAUACUACAGGAACAAUAUAUGUGACUAAAGAAAUUGACUUUGAGAAGGACAAAAAAAUAGAGUUCAGAGUUGAAGCUAAAGAUCAAGGAGGACUCACAGAUUCAAGCAAAGUUGAAAUUGAGAUUGUUGAUGUAAACGAUAACGCCCCUGUUAUUAACAUUAUGUCAUUCAAUAGUCCAGUGGCAGAAGACUCACCUAUCGGUACAACAAUCGGUAUCCUUAAUGUUAAAGACUUGGAUUCAGAAGAAAAUGGGCAAAUUAGAUGCAGAAUUGAAGGAAAUGUUCCUUUUAAAAUCAAGUCGAAUGUCAGAAAUUAUUAUGCUUUGACAACUGAUGCUGAAUUAGAUCGAGAAACUGUUUCAGAAUACAACAUUACUCUUGUUUGUUCAGACCAAGGUUCAACUUCUCUUUCGACCAAAAAAAUAUUAAAUCUAAAGCUAUCAGACAUUAAUGACAAUGCCCCUGUGUUUACAAAAAACAUUUUUAGUGCUGUAGUUAAAGAAAACAACUCUCCAGGCGUUUCAAUUUUAACUCUAAGUGCUCAAGAUUCAGAUGAAAACAGAAAUGCUCAGGUUGCCUAUAUUUUGGAGGACAGAGAUAUCGGUGGGUCCCCGAUUUCUGAAUAUAUUUCAGUUAAUUCACAAAGCGGCCUCAUCCAUGCCGUUCGCUCGUUUGAUUAUGAACAGAUCAAGGAUUUUGUUUUUGUAAUUAGUGCACAGGAUGGAGGUUCUCCUCCACUUCGUAAUAACGUGACCGUAAAAAUCCUCAUCCAGGACCAAAAUGAUAACCCACCACAGAUUCUUUACCCAGUCCAGACUGGUGGCUCUGUGAUCGCUGAAAUUGUACCUCGUUCAGCAGAUGUGGGCUACCUGGUGACUAAAGUUGUGGCUGUUGAUGUGGACUCUGGACAGAACGCCUGGCUCUCCUAUAAACUGCAGAAAGCUACAGACAGGGCGCUGUUUGAAGUGGGUUUACAGAAUGGAGAAAUAAGAACCAUCCGUCAGGUGACUGAUAAAGAUCCUGUGAAACAGAGACUGACUGUUAUAGUAGAGGACAACGGGCAGCCCUCUCGUUCAGCUACGGUUGUUGUUAACGUGGCGGUGGCGGACAGCUUCCCUGAAGUGCUCUCGGAGUUCACUGAUUUCAUACACGACAAGGAUUACAACAAAAACCUGACAUUUUACCUAGUGUUGGCUCUAUCUGUAGUCUCUUUCCUCUUUAUUACAUCUUUGGUGGUUAUCAUAUCAGUGAAGAUCUACAGAUGGAGACAGUCUCGCAUCCUGUAUCACUCCAACCUCCCUGUGAUUCCAUAUUAUCCACCACGUUACUCGGAUACUUUGAGAACAGGGACUCUGCCACCCAUGUGCAAUUACGAGUUGUGCAGGACAAUUGAUUCGAAAAACAGUGACAAUAAGUUAUGUAGGGAUGGAAGUCAGAAGAUGUUAAUUAUGGAACCCAGUUCUGCAGGGACGAUGCAGCGGAUGCAUGCUGAGAAGAGCAUCCUGGAUGAACCUGACUCUCCUCUAGAGGUGAGUUAUGAUUUCAUGCUUUCAUGUUUUACCUUAAAGUGAUAUAGUUUUUGGCUCUUGAAAUCAUCCUACUCUACCAUUCCUAUAAUAGCUAAGUGGUAAAGUGAUUUAGAGACAGAUUCCAUAGAAUGGGAAAGGGUAUGGAAUAACGUUUUCAGUGCAUCA